UCUUCCAUAUUUGAUAUCAUCAAAUGGCAACAAAUAUCAAAAAGUUUUCAAAGAGCAGCACAAAAACGACUUGAUAUGUAUACAAUGAUUGAUAUUAAAGUAUACAAUGGUUUACGAAAAUUGCGAAAUAAAGCUGAAGCUGAAUGUAGACUUUUUUUAUUUUGUAAUUUUAUUAAAAAUAAAAAUUAA